AUGUUGACGGCCAAGCAAGUGCUGCUUGCUGGCAUUUUGGGAUCAUCAGCGGCAUAUGAACUUCCGCGCGCGAGUUCCCUGUCUAGCUUCUUGAACCAGUUGCCUCUGGGCUUCGGACACAAAGACGUCGAUGCGUCGCGAUUCAAGUGUGACUUAGUUAAACCUCUUGAUCCUUCUAGCGACGGGCUAUACAGCUCUGAGGACCUCUUCCCACCCGAGGAUACGAUCGAGACACUGGUUCUGCGCCAUCAGCCUCUCGUGAAGAUUCGUUCCGUUUGUUAUGACGAUCUGGGAGGCUUUGGCGACUCGAUUUGCGAUGACAAUGUGGUAGAUCCUCGUGACGACCAAAGAUGGAAGCCCUUUUGUAACAUCUCCAAGGCGCUAGAGGACAACUACCCACUGGUUUAUCGCAACGCAUCCGUCGAGAAGGUCAAUACGUUUGGACUUGUAUACACAGUCAAUGGCUCGGAUCCCUCAUUGAAACCCAUUCUCUUGACGGCUCAUCAGGAUGUCGUGCCGGUCGAGAGCGAAACGUUGAGUUUGUGGGAUUAUCCACCAUUCAGCGCACACUACAACGAAUCUACCGGAUAUCUCUAUGGUCGUGGAGCUUCGGACGACAAAUCAGCCAUCACAGCUCUCAUGACUGCCAUGGAAGCUCUCCUUUCACAGGAAAAUUACAAGCCACGUCGCACGGUCAUAUUUGCCUUUGGGUUCGACGAAGAGUGUUCAGGUCCCCGAGGUGCGGCGUCGAUAGGAAAGCUGCUUGAAAAACGAUAUGGCAAAGACGGAAUCGCCGUGAUCCUUGACGAAGGCGGUGCUGGCCUACAAACUGUCGGGGAUGUUCUCUAUGCAGCACCCGCUGUAUACGAGAAGGGAUAUCUCGAUGUGUGGUUUGACCUCGACGUUGUUGGAGGGCACAGCUCAACGCCCACCCCACACACUUCCAUCGGUAUGAUGUCGGAAAUCGUCGUUGCUCUUGAGUCCAGCCCAUUCGAACCAAAGAUUAUCAAGGACGGCCCGAUUCACGAGGCCCUCGUCUGCUUCACACGCUACUCACCCUACGCUCUGCCGACAUUGACCUAUUACGUCAGCCUGGGUCUGCUCGAUCAGGCGGCUCGGCUGGUGGCGCAAGUGCAACGAGAAGCGCAGUAUUUCAUCCAGACGUCUCAGGCUGUGGAUUGGAUUGCAGGCGGUCAGAAGAUCAAUUCUCUGCCCGAAUUUACCACUCUGGGUGUGAAUCACCGCUUUGCUCCCCAGGACUCUGUUGGCAGCAUCCAACACCGCAUCGUGAACCUAAUUCAAGGCGUUGUCAGGAAGUACAAUCUCACUGUGCAGGCCUUUGAGGGUGACAAGGACUACGAGGAUUAUCUCCUCUCCAUUGGGGAUGUGCCCAAUUCUAGAGACGACAAUAUGCACACAGCGUGGGAGCCCAUCUAUAACGGGAAGCUGACCUUGGAGGGGAGGAAAAGAUCCUACAUCACACGUAAAUCGCCAACCCACGGUGCUGUGUGGGAUGUAUACGCCGGCACGGUCCGCUACACAUUUGCCGACCAGGCAAAGACAGUCGUUCCGACUCCGGGUGCCAUGACUGGCAAUACGGACACGCGCCAUUAUCUCAAUCUGUCGGAGAACAUAUACAGAUGGAGCCCAGGAAGCCUGAAAUCUUUCGGCAAUGUCCAUGGUGUCAACGAGAAAUUGUUGAUGAGUGAGCAUGUGAACAUGGUGAAGUUCUAUUACGACUUCAUUCGGAAUUUUGACCAGUCGGAUGCCGAAAAGUAUGACUAG